GGCGGGUGUGGGCGUGGCUUGUCUUGGCUUGGCUGAGCUGCCGCUGCCAUGGCUGGUGCUGCCUUUAGGAGGCGCUUCGCCUUUCUCGCCAACCUCAACUGCAUGGCUCGGCGCUCCCAGGGCGCGCGCACAGGCGGAGCACCUUCUCAUUUACCUGGCCAGCCUCUGGAGCCAAAGGCGGUUGCUGCUGCUGCUGCCGCCGCCGCCUCACAAGUGCCUCCGCCUGCCCGGGACCAGAUCCCGUCGAAGAGGCGAACGGCGCCCAGCAUGGAGAAAGGGGGCUUCAAGAAGCUCGGCAGGCUCUUCCACAAGAGCGAGUCCGAGGACUCGGAGCCGGACAGCGGCAGAGACGCGUCGUUCCCGUCGCCCUGCCCUUCCCCGUCCCUGAGUCAGGGGCGGCGGGAGCAUCUCCACAGCCACGACGCCGCCGCCGCCGCCUCCGGAGAGCGCAAGAAGCGCUCGGCUUUCGGGAACUGGCGCCUCAAGAAGAAGCGCAAGGACCGCCCGGCGGCGCUGCCGGAGGAGGGGAGCCAAGGAGGGGCGAGCGAGCCCCCGUCUCCCUCGCUCUCCCACUUGUCCUACUUCACCACCUGGGAGCCCACGACCCCCACCAAAAGAGAUUUUGACAUGCCAGAUACACAAUUUGCUGCUCAGGCCAAUCAGCUGCCUCCACUACCCUCAAAAGAGACACAGUUUGCUUAUGGUAUUCCAAUGGAUUCAGUAACUACAUCUACGUUGCCAGCAUCAUUUAAAAAGUCCAAAACAUCCUCUUCAGAGUCUUAUAAGGAAGAAAACAAAAAGAAGCCAGUUUUGGGAAAGUUUGGAAAUUUUUUUACUACAGGGAGAAGAAAAAAUCCCAAAAACACAUUAGAAGCUUCUUUAAGGCCAAGUGUUAAAAGUGCAAGCUCGGGUUCGCCUCACAAGGGUAUCGCUCCACUGGCAUCGAUAGAUAUUGAAGACUUUAAAGAUCUGUCUAAAAGUGAGGAAUCUCUUAUUGACCAGGUUUGCAGUCAGGACCAGGAAAGGAUACGAAAUACUGUUAAAGACACAGAAGAAUAUCUCUCCAAAAGGGAUCUGACACGAUUGUAUAAUGAUAUUGUUUCAGAAUGGAACACUAAAGGAAUUAAUUCUGACAGUGAAUUGUCAUCUGAUUGGCGCAGCAGUACUGAGACAAUAAAAAAUACAUUAUUUGAUAGCAAUCUUACACUUCAGACACUGGAAGCAGAGAAUGAUCUAGUCACUGACACAAAAAAUACUACAACUCCAGAUUUCUUUAGAAGUUUAACUAAUAUAUCCAGUGAGGACCUAGAACAUAACAUAUUAAACCACAAGGAAUUAGUGGAUGUUCAUUCAUGUUCAGAAUCAGAAUAUGCACCAUCAGAGGAGCCAUCUAUUUUGGAGUCCAGUGAACGUGCCCACACUUCUAGAGUGUUGACAUUGGAUAUUUUUCUUCGUAGAGCUGAACAACCAUAUUCCAAUGAACCAGUGACUGUUGUAUUAGACGACUGUAGUAACACAAUGGAUAAAAAAUCUGCAGUAAGGAGAUCUGGAAAGAGGAGAAAAUCUCAGUCCUCCAGUGACAUGCCAAAUGGGGACAAAAAUGUAACUGAGAAUACUGCAAAAGAAGAACCUGUUUUUGAUGGUAUUGCUUCAGAUUUGGUUUCAGAAAAAAUAACCACCCCUGAAAGAAAAGCUAAGACUUCUCAACAGAUGAAUUCUCCCACAACUAACCAUGACACAAGGACUGGAAGUAAUCACAAGGGACUUACUAAGACAGAGUUAGAGAAAAACAAGCAGCAGACCCCUACUUCAUCCCCAUACAGGAGGAAAUCCUUAAAAAAGAAUCAACCUGACACAAGUCCUCUUUCACCCACAGGCUUGAAGAGUCAUGGGAAAGAUUCAUCCACCAAACGACAGAUUGAAGGAGCAACAGAUAGUAAUCCAAUAUCAAAAUGUACUUCAGCAGAGAAGCUGUCUUCUGGUGAAAGCACUGUAGAGACUCCUAAAAUUUCUUCUCUAGGCAUCACAGACAAUAGCACCGUGUCACAUUCUGAAAGAAGAACAGAGUCUAAGGCACCAGAUAUUGUCAACAAUUCUGAUGGCAGUGCUUUGCUGCGCACUGACAAGCAAAGAAAUGGCGAGUUGGGAACUACAAAUGGAAAGCAAACUACCUCUGGUUUGGAUGGUGCAAAAGAGAGAAAUCCAUGCUUUGAUGUUUCCAGAACUGUCACAACAAAAGUUAGUCUUCCAGCUAAACCAAAGAAUGUAGAAUUAAACCUUAAGGCGUCCAGAACUCUAGAAGAUGUGCAAACUGAGCAAGAUUCUAUGGACAAAGCUGUUAAAAUUAACUUCAGUAUUGCCAAUAAAAUAUCCAUGUUUGAAAGCAAACAAACUAAUCAGAACCAAUCUGCUGAGAUCUCUUCUUUAAAAAAAGGUUCUGUAUCAAAUACAUUUGUUGGCAGAGCAAAGCUGAAAUUUGGGAAACAGCACCCUGAAAGUGAGCAGACCAAAAGAAUAACAAAUAAGCCAAACAAUCGACAGAAAGCAUUGCAAAAUGGUGCAAAGGUGAAGGAUGUAUCUUCAGAUAUAAAAAUCAAGUCUGAAGAAGGGACUCAAUCAAAUAUUAUAACUAAUGAAGAAAUUGGAAAUGCUGCUGAAUCUCAGUUUAGUCAGAAUGGAAAAGUAGAUGAUAACCAUGCGAGUGUUUUUAUUUCUAAAAAAGUUGAUACAGAAUUAGCCAACGAUAAUUGUUUGCCUAAAACGCCAUCUAUACUACAAACUGAAGAAAUUGAAACAAUCCAAAAUGAUAACAGGAAUACAAAUGUCAGAUCCAUAUCUCCUGAAAGUGGAGAGGAACUUUUCUUGAAAACAAACAUGCAUUCUCUAAGUAAAGAAGACCAUUGUCUCCUGCAGCCUGACCCAGUGCCCCCCAAAGUAGAACACAACAUGACUUCUCAGACUGAAAAUGAAGACACAAAGAUGACAAAUACGUUUUUGGAAAACAAACAGAUAUUCGAGCAGAAUUUCAGUGGACAACCUGAUUCAAACAGUGAUUGUAAUGUCCCUAAAGCUGGCAAUGAGGAUACCAUUUGUGAUUCCCCAGACAUGACGAAGUUUACUGAAACUAUUAAAAAUCUAGACAGCUCUAUUUGUGUACCUCAAAAAAAGAAAAAACCCAAAGUUCCAAAAUCUCCAGCACCUCCCUUUGCUAUGCCUCCAAUUCAUGAGGACAAUUUAGAGAAAAUAUUUGACCCCAAUAUAUUUACAGUUGGUUUAGGAAUCAAAAGAGACAAACCACGAGAUUUAGCCCCAUCCCUGCAGCUGAAAUUGCAUAGUCUAGAAACAGAGGCUAGAGUCAGACCCAAACGUGCCUCAGCUGAGAACAGCCUUCUUCUCCAAUCUCUGAAAUUAUCUAACAGACCAGACCUUGCACUUACCCAGGAAGUAAGUGGGAAAGAAAGCAAGGAUGGUACCGAUGGCGACAUUAAGAGAUCUCGACUUGAAAAGAGUGCCAUAUUCUCAAGCCUUCUAUUACCUUCAACUAAAGAAAAUGUGUUUACUCCAUCUGUAACAUCUAUAAACACUAUCACAACAACCUUUUCAUCUCAGAAGAGUGCUAAUUGCCCAGGAAUCCCUCCUCUAAUAUUUGAUGUGGCUCAGAAAUCUGAGUCUCUUUCAGAUUUCAAAAAUCCACAAUUUAUGGAGAAAUAUUUGCAAACUGAGGAUCCAAAAAAAGAGAGAAUUUUGCAGAUGGCAAACUUUGGAAACCCUGACACCAGUUUUUCAAGCUGGUUGAAACCUGGACAGUAUGAACCAAAUAGCUUCUUACCAGACAUUGAGGCAUUUUCAGGAAACAACCAAAAUAAAAUUAAUCCUAGACCUGGAAAGGUCGUUAUCUGCAGUAAAUCAGACCCUUUGGAAAAUGCUAUUGAAGUUUUUCAUGAUAUGGUGGACUGCACCGCUUGGGUACUGUCGCCUGUAAUUCUAGUUAAAGUCGUCAGAGGAUGUUGGAUUCUAUAUGAGAAGCCAAACUUUGAAGGGCCCUCUAUUCCUCUGGAGGAAGGAGAAAUUGAAUUUUCAAACCUUUGGGGUGAAGAACCACUUGAUAACAAAGAUGAAUGCAAAUGCCCUGAGCCUGCAGUGAUUGGUUCAAUGAGGCAUGUAGUAAAGGAUUAUAGCAUUUGCCGAAUUGACCUGUUUACAGAACCAGACGGGCUGGGUCUUGUAAAUUCAUACUUUGAUGACACGGAAGAAACUCGAUUUGGUUCUGCACAGAAAACGUCUUCUAUCCAAGUGCAUCGGGGCAUAUGGCUACUUUAUGAAGAACCUGGUUUCCAGGGAAUCCCUUUAAUGCUGGAACCUGGAGAAUAUCCUAAUCUAUCCUUUUGGGAUAAGAAAGAAGCAUAUGUUAGGUCCAUGAGGCUCUUGAAAAUGGGUGGACGCAAAGUUGAAUUUCCUGAAAGCCCAAAGGUCAUUAUUUACGAAAAGCCAUUCUUUGAAGGAAAACAUGUAGAGCUUGAUUCAGAAUUAGUAGCUCUUGCUGUGGAAGGAAAUGAAAAAGAAGAAUCAGCAGAGCUGGAAACAGGAACACUCACAUCAAUAGGAUCCAUAAAAGUGAAGGGAGGAAUUUGGGUUGCUUAUGAGAAGCCAGAGUUUGCAGGGCAUCAGUAUUUGCUGGAAGAAGGAGAAUACCAGGAAUGGAUGGACUGGGGUGGUUAUGAUGAGCAGGUGCAGUCGCUGAGGCCUGUUCUAGGGAGUUUUAUGCAACCUCACAUGAUAAUGUAUGCUGAAAAAGACUUUGGAACUAAAGGUUCCAAUAUAAGCGUUUCAGGAAUUGUUUCCCAUUUAAAGGAUACUGGCUACGGACUAAGGACUCAAUCCAUAAAUGUGUUAAGUGGAGUGUGGGUGGCGUAUGAAAAUCCUGACUUUACAGGAGAGCAGUAUAUCCUUGAUAAAGGACUAUACCCCAACUAUGGUACAUGGGGAGCUAAAAGUUGUAAGAUCUCUUCAGUUCAACCCAUAAUUUUGGACAACAUGAGUGAUCAUACGGGGAAAUUUAAGGUCCAGCUAUUUUCGGAACCAGAGUUCCAGGGUAACUGUCAAAUAUUUGAGAAAGAUACUUCAGAGAUCGAGGAGACAUUCCUUGCUAUGUCUUCAAAAGUAUUAUCUGGCAGUUGGAUUGCAUAUGAUGAAGAAAAUUUCUCUGGAAAUCAGUAUGUGUUAGAAGAAGGAGCCUAUCCUAAUCUGUCUGCAAUGGGUUGCCUACCCAAAACAUGCUUGAAGUCCUUAAAAGUUGUAAAUAUUGAACUUUCUGAGCCAACCAUAGCCCUUUUUGAAAAGGAAGACUUCAACGGAAAGAAAAUGGAAUUUACUACCGAGGUCUUAAAUCUCCAGUUCCUUGGCUACAACCGUCAUGUGGCUUCAGUAGAUGUCCAUGGUGGCAUAUGGAUUAUUUAUGAAUACAGUAACUAUAAAGGUCGUCAGAUUUUAUUAUCACCUCAGAAAAUACCAAACUGGUAUGAGUCAAGUGGCUACCACAGAAUAGGUUCUCUACGGCCUUUACUACAGAAAAAAGCAUAUUUCAGACUGAGAAACAAAGUAACAAAGAAGUUCAUGUCAACUGAUGGAAAUGGAGAUGACUUGAAUCUUCUUAGGAUACAGGUUGUGGAAGAUGCUAAAUCUGAUGAACAAGUCUGGAUUUAUCAAGAUGGAUUCAUCAAAUGUAGGCUGGCAGAAGAACUUUGCUUGACAAUUGUGGGUAACCUGAUUACACCUGGUGCCAAACUGGGCCUGGCACUUCAGCAGAAUGAAGAAAAACAAAAAUGGAGUAUUAAUCCAGAUGGGAGGAUUUACAGAAAGAUGAAACCAAACUUAGUAUUAGAUAUUAAAGGUGGGAAGCACUAUGAUCAAAACCACCUCGUUCUCAGUUCAGCCAGCGAAGACAGGCCAACACAGUGCUGGGAACCACUGGUCAUAUAAAUGGCACAGGCUAAGAAUCAGUUCCAUCAACUUUAUGAAGACUGGCAGAAAACAGGACAUUGGAGCAGUCUUCACAGUAAUUUUAAAAAACAAUGAACAGAAUUUGAGUGAGUGAGUGAGUGAAUGCUGUUUGUACCCUUGGAUUAAGACCGAGAGACCUACCCCCUUUCCUAUUUGUUAUUCAAAGGUUAAAACAUAUUGCAAGCAGUUAUUAUACAUCAUUGAUAAGUUACUCAUUCAGAAUACAUUUUAAUCUGGUAUUUUAAAUUAUUUACAAAGACUUGUUUUAUUCUCCUUGGCUUCAUGCUGAAACAGAAUUUACAUUUUUGCACUGGAAUUUUUUUUACUGAAAAUUUGCCUGCAGCUAUUCUGUUUGGACCAAAUAUAAUGAACCGUUUACUCAUAAAAUGAACCCAAUCAAAUCAGGCAAUUUUUAAAAUGGAGUUACAGCAUUAUAGUCAAAUGUAUUAAAGUACACUCUUAAGCCUGUGGUUGUACUUUUGUAUCAAAGACAAAUGUAUAUUCCAUAAACAUUUGCUGCCAGAUAGAAUAGGUUGCCAAAUAAGCUGCUCAGUUCCUUAAAAAUCUGCAUGUCUGCCUUACUUUAUACAACGUGGGACUCAUCCAGACUUCUGCUUGUCUCACCACUUUCCCAUAGCCAAUAAUUUACCACUGAAUUGGAGUAAAUGUCACUCAUAUUUUCUGAUUCAGUGCUAAAGUGUGGGUUUUCCCAGGGAGGGCAGUGGGGCAAACAGAAAACCCAUCCAAGUAUGGGACAAGCAGAAGUGUGAAUGAGCCCUUAGUAACUCUUUGUUAAAGGUCAAAAUGUACCACUUUUGAAAUGCAAGAGGAAAUACUAUUCCAUAAAAACUGGCUUUGCUAGCAUAGCAAUUCUCUCUUUUCAAGCAGCUGCAGCACCAACAACUGUUUGCUUCCCAACUUCUGUGCCCUAAAAUUUCUUGGAUGAAAAUUGUUGCCUAAAUUUUCAUGUUAGUUUUAUACUACUGGUAAUGUAUUCAGAGUUAUUUCAGUGUUAAGCUCUUUACUUCUAUACCCUGCUUUACAACCCAUCCUGUUUGUUUCCCAUCUUAGCAUGUAGUGGGCAGACAUUGCUGCAUUUGAAAACCCACAACAGUAGCUUGUGUGAUUAAGUACAAAUUUUAUCUGAAUUCUACAAUAAUCCAAAUUGUUCUCUGAAAAACACUAACACCAUACUGUUCAGGUGAAAAACAGUCUAGAGGAGUUGCAGCCAUUCUAUAAAGUAGUCCCAGCAAAAUGUCUACCUCUAUGCUAAGGUGGGAACAUUUUGAAUUCCUUGAGUAUUCAACUACAGGAAAACUCGCAUGUUAGAGGCAGUCAUGGAGAAGCUUGCAUUCUCAUGACAAAUAUAAUAGAUGCUUGGUACCUAGGCAUCUCUAGCAAACCAAAGCAAUUUUCCAAGAGAAAACAGAAAUAGGUUUUAUAUAUAGAAACUUAAGAUAGCUCUUAAAGUACUACUCUUUCCUAGUGUGAAGAUUAUUCUGUUAUUUCUAUUACUACUCUUUCCUAGUGUGAAGAUUAUUCUGUUAUUUCUAUUACUACUCUUUCUUAGUGUGAAGAUUAUUCUGUUAUUUCUAUUACUACUCUUUCUUAGUGUGAAGAUUAUUCUGUUAUUUCUAUUACUACUCUUUCUUAGUGUGAAGAUUAUUCUGUUAUUUCUAUUACUUUGAUAUUGAAUGUUCUGAUGCAAACCACUUAAUACUAUUGCUACUUGCACACCUGGGAUGCUCUGUCAAGUGUCCUGAAAAGCUGUUAGGAUUUUCCAAUUCUGCACUGACUUGGUUAGAGAACACUAUUUUGUUAAUUUGUUUAUUAGGAAAUUAGCACACUUCCACUUCAAUCUGCUGUACAAAUUAUUGCUUUUGGUUAAAAUAUUUCUAGUGUUCUUGAUAAGAAGCUGCUGCUUAUUUCUUUGAAACUUGGUUUUAAGGUGUGUUACUUAAAAAUAAACAUUUUUCUGUGCCCCAAACUAUUGUAUAAACAUAUUUUACAAAUAAAUAUUAUUCUGGUGAA